AUGCGAUUCUUUGGAUGUCUCAAAAAGAAAAAAGAAUGUCCAGCGAAGUGUGGCCUCAGGGCCCAGGUGACCCGGGAGGUCAGGUGUUCAGAUGAAACCAAGUCAUGUGAUCCCCUGACCCGCCCCCUUAACACCAAGAACUGCACAGGCCCGCCCUGCGAGCGCCAGUGGACUGUGUCAGAGUGGGGGCCGUGCUCUGGGUCGUGUGGCCAGGGGAAGAUGGUACGUCACGUGUACUGUAAGACACCAGAGGGCCGUGUGGUGCCUGAAUCCCAGUGCUCUCCGGAGAAUAAGCCCCUGGCAAUCCACCCCUGUGGGGAGAAGGACUGUGCCCCACACUGGCUCACUCAGGACUGGGAGAGUUGUAACACGACAUGUGGCCGCGGUGUGAAGUGGAGAAUUGUGCAGUGCGCCGGCAUCACUGCUGGGAAGUUCCAGACCCACGACGACGAGGCUUGUGGUGCCAGUAAGAGGCCAGAGGACGAGAACACCUGCUUCGAGAGGCCCUGUUUCAAGUGGUACACCACGCCCUGGUCUGAGUGCACUAAGACAUGUGGUGUGGGUGUCCGGAUGAGAGACGUGAAGUGCUACCAGGGCAGGGAGAUCGUGAGAGGUUGUGACCCCCUGACCAAGCCUGUGGCCAAGCAGACCUGUGCCCUGCAACCUUGUCCCACUGAACCCCCAGAUGAGAGCUGUCAGGACCGUCCCACCACCAACUGCUCUCUGGCUCUGAAGGUGAACCUGUGCAGUCACUGGUACUACAGCAAAGCCUGCUGCCACUCCUGCAGGGUCCAGCACGCCUCUUAGUAUUGCCUAACACCUACAAAACCUUACCCUGCAGCUCUCCAACCCCCACUCCCUACCCCCUACCUCCAGCAGACCCCCACAAACCCCUUACCUCCAACCACUGCAAACCCAUACCCGCAACCCACUUACUUCCAGCCAAAGACCCCUCUACCCCAGACUACUAGUCAACAAACUACCCCCCAGUAGGUUACUCUAUUAACCUCCAGUAGGUUACUCUAUUACCCUCCAGUAGGUUACUCUACUACCCCCCAGUAGGUUACUCUACUACCCCAGUAUGUUACUCUAUUACCCCCCAGUAGGUUACUCUACUACCCCCAGUAGGUUACUCUAUUACCCCCCCAGUAGGCUACUCUACUACCCCCAGUAGUUACUCUACU